UGAUGUUACUGGAUAAAAACGGGAUCACUAUGGCAGCAUUCAGUCUGACAUAACACAGAGCGUUAUUAGGUUAUAGCCGCAUAUAAUAACUGUACACAUUAUGCGGUAUCUUGCCCUGCACUGAUGACGUCACCUGGUAGUGGGCGGGAUUGUCCCGGUGUGUACUCCCGUUGUCAUAGUAACGGUCUCCCGGCUACACACAACGCUGACUGUACGGCGCUGAGCAGCAGAAGCCUGUGUGCCCGGUGACGAUGACGUCAUAUCCCGAGGCCCCGAAAAGAACCGGGGUUCCCAGACACGUGCUCAAAUGGCUGCAAAGUCUGGACCUCAGCUUCUCCCCAAAGAAUUUCCGAAGAGACCUCUCUAAUGGAUACAUCAUAGCAGAGAUCUUCUAUUGGUAUUACCCAGAGGACAUCCAGAUGCAUUCCUAUGACAAUGGGACCUCACUCGCCACAAAGUUAGGUAACUGGUCACAACUGGAAAAGUUUUUCAUGAAGAGGAAACUAAAUGUUUCCAAAGAAUUAAUAGACGGGACAAUACACUGUAAACCUGGAGCUGCCGAAAUCCUGCUGCAAGAAAUAUUUGUUAUGUUAACACACACAAGGGUCAAGACUAUUCAGGAUAAUGAAGUGGAUUUCACAGAUCGACAUUACCAAGAAGGCCUUCCUAUGGUGGCUCGAACUACAGCAACAAAAGCCGUGAAGAGCAAUAUCACCUUGAGUGAGAUCCUGGCAGAGCCAGACAUUGAUGUUAACAAGCAGAAGGUGCAAGCAGUGAUCAAUAUCCAUCUACAGCAGAGACAACAGGAGAGGAUUGUUGACCCAAAAAGAUUUAAUGUGAAACCAUCACUUGGUGAGCGAGCUGUUCGUCUCAUGCCUUCAUCUAAUCAACACCAAAGCGAGACAAGUCUGACAAAUAGGUCAUCUUCCUCCUUAUCCUCAAGCUCUAGCCAGAGUGAUAUCAGAAGUAAAACCAAUGUCAGUUUCAAGGAGAUCAAAGUAAAACAAGGAGAUAGAAGCUACGUGUCCUCCAGUGUGAGUUCAACAACGCCACCCUCUACAUUGAGUGCACCUUGACUUGAAACAUGUGUGCUCAUAUAUCAAUGUGAUGUUUCCAGUGCUCCCCGGGUGAUUUAUGGUCUCAUGGUAAAUAAAAUGCAGUUCAUCAUCUGGGUGAAUUAUGCAUCAUUUUAUAAAAUGCCAAAUCUAAAUGGAAAUUGAACUAAAUCCUUCAUAAAGCUUUAUAAAAACCAAAGGAAAUCAACUAUACCGAUUGUCUAUAAAAUACAACUUAAUGAACUCCGUGUUCUGUAUUAGCAAAAAAAUAAAUACAGUAACAAUAGCAUGGCAAUGAUAUAAUGUUUCUUCAC